GGACUCGACAUUCCUGCUUCAGCAACAGAGGACAAAAGCCAUGUUGUAAUGGAUAAGCAACACAAGUAGGAAACACAGAUGUGGACUACAUGUUUCCAAAGAAGAGUUGAGCUUGCUGAAGAUCUCUGUCAGAUAUUGGAAAUGUAUGAUGUUAAGAGGAACUGGUAACAUCUAAACAUAACAAACCAAACAGGCAAACCCUUGUGCCAUCACUACCACCCCAUUUUACACAAAGGGAGGCCAAUGUACAUGGAUUCCAAGAAGGCUAAAAAGAAAAAGAGCUGAUUAGACCUCAGAUUGCCCACUAAACGGGAUGACGGCCACAGCUGCAGUGGAAACACCAAAAAUGAAGAAGAAUGCCUCCAAGGAAGAGAAGCAGCAGCCUAAGCAAGAGAACACAGAGCAGCAUAAUGCUGAUUCUGAAGAGUUGAACUCUGAGAGUGACCCUGAACAGAUGAGCCUUAAAAGCAGCAGUAAUGACAACAGCUGCCAACCUGGAGAUGUUCAGUUGAAGAAAAAGGAUAUUCCCUCUAAGCCACACCGCCAGCUUUGUAGAUCACCCUGCCUAGAUCAUCCAAGCUUCUCCCAGAGUAGCAUUCUACAGGAUGGGAAGCUUGACUUGGAAAAAGAAUACCAAACCAAGAUGGAUUUUGCUUUAAAGCUGGGCUAUGCAGAGGAACAGAUUCAAUUAGUACUGAAUAAGCUGGGUCCAGAAUCGCUUAUUAAUGAUGUACUGGCAGAACUUGUCAGACUUGGAAACAAAGGUGAUUUGGAAGGGCAAGUCAACUUGAGUUUGUUAGUGCCUCGGGGUCCCAGCUCCAGAGAAGUUGCAAGCCCUGAACUGUCUCUUGAAGAUGAAAUAGACAACAGUGACAAUUUGAGACCAGUUGUCAUAGAUGGAAGUAAUGUGGCAAUGAGCCAUGGGAAUAAAGAAGAGUUCUCCUGCAGAGGAAUACAACUUGCUGUGGAAUGGUUUCUAGAUAAAGGCCAUAAAGACAUUACUGUAUUUGUGCCUGCGUGGAGAAAGGAGCAAUCCCGCCCUGAUGCACCAAUUACAGAUCAAGAUAUCCUACGUAAACUGGAGAAGGAAAAGAUUCUUGUCUUCACACCAUCCAGAAGGGUCCAGGGCAGGAGAGUUGUUUGCUAUGAUGACCGGUUCAUAGUCAAACUGGCUUUUGAUUCUGAUGGCAUCAUUGUAUCCAAUGAUAACUACCGAGACCUUCAAAUUGAAAAGCCAGAAUGGAAGAAGUUUAUAGAGGAGCGGUUGCUGAUGUAUUCUUUUGUGAAUGACAAAUUUAUGCCUCCAGAUGAUCCUUUAGGACGCCAUGGCCCAAGCCUUGAAAACUUCUUAAGAAAGAGACCCGUUGUCCCUGAACACAAGAAGCAACCAUGCCCUUAUGGCAAAAAAUGCACCUACGGCCACAAGUGCAAAUACUACCAUCCGGAGCGGGCCAACCAACCGCAGCGUUCGGUGGCUGAUGAGCUCCGCAUCAGUGCCAAACUGUCCACAGUGAAAACCAUGAGUGAAGGCACCCUGGCCAAGUGUGGCACAGGGCUGUCUAGUACCAAAGGUGACAUAACCUCAGAAGUCAAACGUGUGGCCCCCAAGCGCCAAUCGGAUCCCAGCAUCCGUUCCGUGGCUGUGGAGCCUGAGGAAUGGCUGUCCAUUGCCCGUAAGCCUGAGGCCAGCUCUGUCCCCUCACUUGUGACUGCUCUAAGUGUCCCCACAAUCCCACCCGCCAAAAGCCAUGCAGUGGGUGCACUCAACACCCGUUCAGCCAGCAGCCCAGUGCCAGGAUCCUCUCAUUUCUCCCACCAGAAGUCCUCACUGGAGCACAUGACCAGCAUGCAGUACCCCCCGAUCCUGGUUACCAAUAGCCAUGGGACCCCUAUUAGCUACUCUGAGCAAUACCCAAAGUUUGAGUCCUUGGGGGACCACGGCUACUAUUCAAUGUUAGGUGACUUCUCCAAAUUGAACAUCAACAGCAUGCAUAAUAGAGAGUACUACAUGGCUGAAACAGACCGGGGGUUGUACGCCCGGAAUCCCAACCUCUGUCCUGACAAUCGUAUGAGCCAUAGCAGGAACGACAGCUAUUCCUCUUACAACAACCUGUAUUUGGCUGUAGCUGAUACUCAUCCUGAAGGUAGUUUGAAGCUGCAUCGCUCAGCAUCUCAGAACCAUCUUCAGCCUUUUCCUCAUGGUUACCAUGAAGCCUUAACGCGAGUGCAGAGCUAUGGCCCAGAGGACUCUAAGCAAGCCCCCAACAAACAAUCAGUCCCCCACUUAGUUCUACAUGCCCAGCACCCGACAACUGGAGCACACUCCAGCUGUCCUGGGGACUAUCCCAUGCCUCCCAAUAUCCAUCCUGGGGCAACUCCCCAGCCAGGACGUGCCCUGGUGAUGACUCGGAUGGACAGCAUUUCUGAUUCCCGUCUGUAUGAGAGCAACCCCAUGAGGCAAAGACGCCCUCCUCUGUGCCGGGAACAACAUGCCAGCUGGGACCCACUGCCCUGUGCAACUGACUCCUAUGGCUACCACUCCUAUCCCUUGAGUAACAGCCUCAUGCAACCAUGCUAUGAGCCAGUCAUGGUACGGAGCGUGCCUGAAAAGAUGGAGCAGCUUUGGAUGAAUCCUUGGGUUGGAAUGUGCAAUGAUUCCAGGGAGCAUAUGAUCCCAGAGCACCAGUAUCAGACCUACAAGAACCUCUGCAAUAUUUUCCCUUCAAACAUCGUCCUUGCAGUGAUGGAGAAGAAUCCCCACACAGCAGAUGCCCAGCAACUAGCAGCCUUGAUUGUUUCUAAGCUUAGGGCUGCACGUUGACAUGACAUAGGACUUAUUUCAUUUUACAAAUAUAAAUAUGAAUACCAAUAAUGCACUAAUACUAUGAUAAUAGUAACUAAUAAUUUUGUGUUACACUUUACAAGUUACAGAGUGUUUAUGUCAUUGAUGUGCAUAACAACCCUGUGAGGUAAGUCUUACUAAUGUCUUGCUUUCUAGACAAGGAAACUGAAGCUCAGUGAGAUUAGGUGACUUGCCGAGGUCACACUGCUAGCAAGUGACCAAGUAAAGACUCACACCCAAGUCCUCUGACUCCAAGUCCUAUGCCCUUUUACACUGCACCAUGCAGGUAAUGGAGGACAAAACCCAGGGGAAAGGUCCAAAUGCAAGAAACUCCAAGGGAUUCCAUUACCAACUGUUUUCUUAGUCACAUAUUCUAUAUUACAAAGUAUCGAUGAUAUAUCUAAUUUUAGAGAGCAAGAGCAUCAGGAUCAAUCCAUGUUGAAUUAACCUUUUAGGAUUUUUAAUAGGAAUAUUUAAAGGUAUUUAAAAGUAAAUGCAUACUUUAUUGCAUGGAUAUCUGACCAUUCAAUACCUUUAUUAACCGAGCUAUAGGGUCACAUCGAAGCUUCUAGAGCUAUAUUUCAAACUUAUUGUUAGCAAUUAUAUUGCAUGUAUGACUGUAUGUAUUUGUUUGAGAGGUGUGUGUGUAUAUCUCUAUAUAACCUUUUAUAUAGUGAUGAUAAAAAGACAGGCUCUGCACAGCCCUUAGUCUACAGCUGUGUAGAUCACAAAUCAGACUUGAU